GCUGUCGGAGCAGCGCGGCAGUGGAGCACCCGGGAGCGGGCGAGCGAGGGGGUCCGGGGACGCGAGUAGCUGCCGCGUGGGGUGCAGGGCAGGCGGCCGCACGCCUGCACCUUCGUGGCGGAGCCCAGGGCCGGCUUCGUGCAGCGGCGAGACGACAGACCCCGCGUACACCGGAGAACAGGCGGCCGUGGCUGCGGCGGCGGCCCCAGCCAUGCUGUGCUAUGUGACGAGGCCGGACGCGGUGCUGAUGGAGGUGGAGGUGGAGGCGAAAGCCAACGGCGAGGACUGUCUCAACCAGGUGUGCAGGCGAUUGGGAAUCAUAGAAGUUGAUUAUUUUGGGCUGCAGUUUACGGGUAGCAAAGGUGAAAGUUUAUGGCUGAAUCUGAGAAACCGGAUCUCCCAGCAGAUGGAUGGGCUGGCACCUUACCGUCUUAAACUGAGAGUCAAGUUCUUUGUGGAGCCUCAUCUCAUCUUACAGGAGCAGACCAGGCAUAUCUUUUUCUUGCACAUCAAGGAGUCCCUCUUGGCAGGCCACCUCCAGUGUUCCCCGGAGCAUGCAGUGGAGCUUAGCGCCCUCCUGGCACAGACCAAGUUCGGAGACUAUAACCAGAACACAGCUAAGUACAGCUUCGAGGAGCUGUGUGAGAAGGAGCUCUCCAGUGCCACUUUGAACAGCAUCAUUGCAAAGCAUAAGGAGCUGGAGGGUGUGAGCCAGGCUUCAGCAGAGUACCAGGUUCUGCGGAUUGUGUCAGCCAUGGAGAACUACGGGGUAGAGUGGCAUGCCGUGAGGGACAGUGAAGGGCAGAAGCUGCUCAUCGGGGUCGGGCCGGAAGGAAUCUCAAUCUGUAAAGACGACUUUAGCCCGAUUAAUAGGGUAGCUUAUCCUGUGGUGCAGAUGGCCACCCAGUCAGGAAAGAAUGUGUAUUUGACCGUCACCAAGGAGUCUGGGAACAGCAUUGUGCUCCUGUUUAAAAUGAUCAGCACCAGGGCGGCCAGCGGGCUCUACCGAGCUAUCACCGAAACGCAUGCUUUCUACAGGUGUGACACAGUGACCAGUGCUGUCAUGAUGCAGUAUAGUCGUGACUUGAAGGGCCACUUGGCAUCUCUGUUUCUGAAUGAAAACAUUAACCUCGGCAAGAAAUACGUCUUUGAUAUUAAAAGAACGUCCAAGGAGGUGUAUGACCAUGCCAGGAGGGCUCUGUACAAUGCUGGUGUUGUGGACCUCGUCUCACGAAGUGACCAGAGCCCUCCCAGCUCCCCUCUGAAGUCCUCAGAAAGCAGCCUGAGCUGUAGCAGCUGCGAGGGCUUCAGCUGCCAGCAGACCAGGGUGCUGCAGGAGAAGCUGCGCAAGCUGAAAGAGGCCAUGCUGUGCAUGGUGUGCUGUGAGGAAGAGAUCAACUCCACCUUCUGCCCCUGCGGCCACACUGUGUGCUGUGAGAGCUGCGCUGCCCAGCUGCAGUUGUGUCCAGUCUGCAGAUCGCGUGUAGAGCACGUCCAGCACGUCUACCUGCCAACUCACACCAGUCUCCUCAAUUUAACUGUCAUCUAACUGUCCUGCGUUUACUGGACCUGCCAUGUCUCCACAAACCACACUAUUGUAAACUGUAAGAAUAAUAAUUUUGUGAGGAAAUAUCUCAAUCCCAAUACCCAUCUGCCAUGCAACAUUUUAAAAAACAAAGAAGAAAAAUCAGAAUCCAGCCACUCCUUAGUACAAAACACAUCCACGAGUAGAGCCCACCGCCCCAGGCAGGGGCCAGGAGAGCUCUGGGACAUGGACACAUUCCUUGGACUUUCAUUUUUUUAUGAUCAAGUAAAGAGAUAGAUAAAAUUGUCUUUGUUGGUUAAGUGGCAAUGUAGCCCCCAAAUGGGCACCUUUUAGGAAGUGAUGUCAUAAGUCUCCUCAGUGUAUCCCAAGGUGGCAGAUUUUGUACGAGUUCGUUUUAAGAAUUUCUUUGGUUCUUUUAGUCAUGGAGUGCUGAACAUUUUUAACAGGAAUUUUUUUUCGUAAAGAAAUAGUCCUCAUUAGAAUGCCAUUUUCUGUCUUUUGAACUUGUUCAAGACAACUGGAAGACUAGUUAAAUGAAUCCUGCGACUUUUAAAAAGUAGAUGGCAGGGACGUCAUCAGAUUUAAAAAUCGGUCUGGCUAAGAGAAAGCAGGAAACAAUGUGGGUGACUCGGGCCUUUUUCCCUCACCCUGCACCCCAAGCCUUUCGAUGGCAAAAUGCUACCAGUUUGGUUAAAAGAUUUCUAUGGCAUAGUGAAGCAUUCCCUGGGCUUCUGAGCAGGUGGAGUAUUUUAAGAUUGGAAAAGGAGAGCAGUUUCCUAGGGAAGGGAAAUCCCAGGUGGCUGGGAGAGAGGUGGAGCCUCCUGGUCUCCACCCCAGCGCUCACUCCAGCUGCACCCAUAGGUGUCACUUUCCUUUGACGAGCAAACCCUCUACAGCCUCAGCCUCGGUUUCUAGAUAGGGUCUCCCUGUGUGCUUUAGCUUGUGUUUGUGUCCCCUUCAGUAAAUGCUUCAGUGUCCUUUGCCCCUCGUGUCUUCUGGAGGCUGUUGGUUCUUCCUUGGUCUCCAUACUCCUAAUCAUAUUUCCACCCCUACCUACUUGGGCAUUUUGGAAGCUAGUCAGCUAGCGGGUUUUCUAGGGUGUCAGGAAACCUAGGUGACCUCAUCGGGUGCAAUACUAAGUUCAAGCUAGAAACCUACACUGUCACUUUACUGAGAUUUCUGAGUACACCUCUCAUUGCCUUAAUGUAGCAGUAAUGUGUUUAUGCAUUUGUUUCUUUGCACAGACAUUUUGUCAAGAUAUUGAAACUCUACUUUUUUAUGGCACAUAUUAGCAUAUAAGCCUUUAUUCCAAGAGGUAUUUAUUUUUUCACUUGUAAAAAAAAAAUAAUGUUUCCACAUAAAGAACUCUGUUAUAUCCUAGAGGACUUCUGUCUUUUAUAUUCAGGAUAAUAAAGACUUUCAAGCAAACUG